GGAUAUGGUGCUCUUUAUUUGUUGACGGCCUUUCCUGUCAUUAUUGGAAUCUCAGUUGUGCUAAUUCUUUUUUACAAUUCUCUACAGUAGUGAACCCCUGCGCUCCUUCCCUUCUUGAAAAGAAUUGCAGACUCGUUGGUCCAACCGUCCAAGGCUCAAAGCUUGCAGAUAUGAUGAAUCGAGAGGUCAAUCAAACAGGCCACCAACACAGCAUGACUCAGCGCACGACGGCACGAUCCUGAUGUGCUCUCCACCAUUUCGUGAAGCCAAUUUCAUCUCGUGUUUUUGUUCUCAUGAACGAACGACUCCUGCAAGUUCACUUCCUGGUGCCAUGAGUUUUUGCCAAGGAGAUGCUUCGUCCGGAGGCUCAUCUGCAUCCUUCAAGAAAGAAGCCGAAGCCCGAGUAGCGGAAGAUGACGAGGAGGAACAAGCGGGAAGAGGCCCGAUCGUCCGGCGAUCCCGCGCCGGUUCAUCCGUCACCGACAUCUCGAGCAACGGGUCCAUCAACUAUCGGAAGGCGCGGCAGGACAAGAUCGGCAGCGACGGCUUCUGGUGCGGUGCUCUGUGCAUGCACAUUCCAGGCCUCUCCAGGAGGCGGCCGAUGAUGCAGCAACAGCAGUCCAUGAGCCUGAGCGAGGCGGACACCAGGGCUAGCACGGCUGGGCCGGGCGAGAUCCGGGCGAGCACGGUGUCCAAGGCGGCCUCCAUGGAGAGAUUCAAAUACAGCUCAUCGUCUGCCGGCAUCGUGUUUGAGGGCGCAGACGAGGAGGAAGAGGAGGUAUCGGCGUACUUCGACCUGCCGCUGGAGCUGCUGCGGAUCAGCAGCGUCGACACGGAGUCGCCGGUCACGGCGGCGUUCGUCUUCGACGGUAGCCGUGUCCGGGGCGCCGAGAAGAUCGUGCCUGAGAUGCCGGAGUUUGAUUUUAGCUUCCCGGCGCCGCCGGCUUUCUCGAGUCCGUCGUCGCCGAGCUCCUGAAACCUCCUGGUGACCAGAGAGGAGUGCUCAAUGACUAAUUUUGAGCGCGAAGCAUACAGGAAUUUCUGCGUUCCUACACUAAUGUAUCAUCCGUUUGGUGUUGAUCCUUCAGAUACGUUUCAUCGUUUUCAUUUUGUUGUUACUGCAUCUGAUAUGUACACAGGCUAACAUUGUUGCAGUUCACAUGGGGCUGCUGAAUCAGCUUAACCGAUGCAACUC